AGCUCUACGGUAGUGCACUACAUAGGGAGUAGGGUUUCAUUUAAAGUGCAGACCCAGACAGUCUCAUCCUCCCCCAAUAGAGACGAUGUAUGGGGAUCAGUUUAUCAUGCCAUAAACUACAACAUGGGAGUUGUAGUUCGAUGAGCCUUUUUGGGGGGGGGGGGGUUGUAGUUUGCCGUGGUAAAAUGAUUCCCAAUGAUCACCAAUCAUCUCCCUCCCCCGUUCGAACACACAGAAAACAAGUCUUUGUUAUUAGAUUCUUAUCAGGCCCAGCUGCUGUCUCCCGUUUCUCCUAACUCUCCCUGCCUCCUCGACCGCGGUAGGGUUCCAGGUUGUCUGGGGUUCCAGGUUGUCUGGGGUUCCAGGUUGUCUGGGGUUCCAGGUUGUCUGGGGUUCCAGGUUGUCUGGGGUUCCAGGUUGUCUGGGGUUCCAGGUUGUCUGGGGUUCCAGGUUGUCUGGGGUUCCAGGUUGUCUGGGGGUUCCAGGUUGUCUGGGGGUUCCAGGUUGUCUGGGGUUCCAGGUUGUCUGGGGGUUCCAGGUUGUCUGGGGUUCCAGGUUGUCUGGGGGUUCCAGGUUGUCUGGGGGUUCCAGGUUGUCUGGGGGUUCCAGGUUGUCUGGGGUUCCAGGUUGUCUGGGGGUUCCAGGUUGUCUGGGGUUCCAGGUUGUCUGGGGUUCCAGGUUGUCUGGGGUUGCAGGUUGUCUGGGGUUGCAGUGAGGCUGCUCCUCCAUACAUGCCUCUUGGUUGGAGAGCGAGGCGGCAGCAGUGUUCCCUCUGAUGAUCAGAUCUCACAACGUCUGUCGGACUGUUUUCAAGUUAACCGUCAAUCCUGGAACCGCAACUAUAUGAUAAAAAGUAAUAUUCUGAGAAGUGAAACACAACUACAUUGAAGACCACCUGGAAUGCAGGUUUAUUACCCAAUGCCCACCCUGCUUUACCUUCCCUGGUGUUUCUCCUCUAACCUUCCCCUCCCUGGUCCUCUCUCCUCCCUGGCCCUUUCCCCUGGGGGCCUCCCUGUUCCUCCCUGGUCCUCCCUGGUCCUCUCUCCUCCCUGGCCCUCUCCCCUGGGGGCCUCCCUGUUCCUCCCUGGCCCUUUCCCCUGGGGGCCUCCCUGGUCCUCUCUCCUCCCUGGCCCUCUCCCCUGGGGGCCUCCCUGUUCCUCCCUGGUCCUCUCUCCUCCCUGGCCCUCUCCCCUGGGGGCCUCCCUGUUCCUCCCUGGCCCUUUCCCCUGGGGGCCUCCCUGUUCCUCCCUGGUCCUCUAUCCUCCCUGGCCCUCUCCCCUGGGGGCCUCCCUGUUCCUCCCUGGUCCUCUCUCCUCCCUGGCCCUCUCCCCUGGGGGCCUUCCUGUUCCUCCCUGGUCCUCUCCUCCCUGGCCCUCUCCCCUCCGGGCCUCCCUGGUCCUCUCUCCUCCCUGGCCCUCUCCCGUGUGGGCCUUCCUAUUCCUCCCUGGUCCUCUCUCCUCCCCGGCCCUCUCCCCUCCGGGCCUCCCUCCCCUGUGGGUUUCAUCUCUCUUCCCUGUC